CAUAAGAAUAUAAUUCAAUUUGAAAAACUGAUUAAAGCUUUCUUUUCAUAAAUUAAGCCAUACGUUGAACCAAAAACACCACCACUGACUCCUGAAUCAUAUGGUGCACCACAUUUGGAACGUGCUGAUUCAGUUCGUCUUCUUCCAAUGAAGAAAAAAGUUCAAAAAGAUACUGAUCAUGCUGCAUCUACUAAUGGACCUGAACAUGAACGAAAAUAUUCGGAUGCUAAUGAUGAGGAAGUUCGUGAAAUAACAGGUAGACAACAAAAUGAAGGAAAUACUUAUAUUAGUACAAGUAACAGUAAACCUGGGUUAUUACCCGAUGCUAAAACAACAGCAUUAAAUGAUAAGCUCAAUUUAGGUUUACCAGAUCGUGGUAAAUUUUUAGAUGCACAUGGUGGUCAAAAACAAGCAUCAGAUAGUGAUAGAAAAUCUUCAAUAUCAACACAAAAAGAUCUAUCAUUACCUGAUACACAUCAUGGUUCAUUAGGUGGUAUUGAAACAGCUUCAUUCGAACCAAUAAGUACUACCGGUGCUCAAUAUUCAUCAGCUUUUGUUGAUCAACAAGCUGCAAAAUCAAUUGGUAGAGAACAAAUAUAA